AAUAGAGGCCGCCGUGCUUGAUGUUGACUGAUCAGUCCGAGGCUCCGCUGGAUUCUGGAGUUUUCUCACAGCUACUUGUUCACUCACCGAGAGAAGAAGAGGAGGCGACAGGAGUCUGAACUCAUGUCUUCCUCUCUCCCCGGAGACACUCUGGCUAAGAUGCAGCCGGACGCCUACGGGUGCGUGGUGGCGAACAGGUUCGGGGAACUCCUGGACGACGACGCGGACCCGUUCGACAUGAUCAGAGCAGUGGAGAAGGAUACGAAGAAGAAGCAGGAGGAUGAGAGGAAGGGCAAGCAGAAGAAACCCGGCCAGAAGGAGUCUCAGAAGGACAGGAGGGUCCCCAGAGCUCCGGGGCUCCAGGAACCAGCUCCAGUCCAAAAGCAGCAGCAGCAGCAGCAGCAGCCGCAGCAGCAGCAGGCUCGUCCUGGACCAGUGGCGGAGACCCGAGAGGAGGCUCAGAGGGGCAUGAAGAGGGGUGUUGCUGGGGAGCGCAGGGCCAGCCAGGAGGAGAGGCCAGAGUAUUCCAUCGAAAAGCCUUCCUCUUAUGCAGACUCUGACCUCAGGGGCAGAGGAGGGCCCAGAGGCAGGAGAGGAGCACGAGGUGGAGGAUACACAAGGAACCCAGACAACUUCAACCUGAGGGGCAAGAGAGAGUAUGAUCGACACAAUGGAACAGGAAUAUCUCCUGAGGAAAAGAGAGGAGGCAGAGGACCCUGGAACUGGGGCUGUGCUGAAGAGGCCACAAGUGAACUGAUGGAGGUGUCAUCUGAUGCUCCAGUCAAAGCAGAGGAGGCCCAAAUGACUGUGGAUGAAAAUCCCAAUCCAGCAACGGAAGAGGAGGAUGGAGAGAUGGUGGUCCAUGUUGCCAUGGAGAUGACCCUGGACGAGUGGAAGGCCAUGCAGGAGAUCAGUCGUCCCAAGGUGGAGUUUAAUAUCCGCAAGACGGAGAACCAGAUUCCCUCCAAAGCCAAAGUCAUCCACCAGUCAAAGCACCUGGAGAACCUCAAGUCCCCCCCUGUGGAGGAGAUAGAGGAUGAAGGCAACUUCCUCCGUCGGUCUGUGAAUGACAUCACCUCUCUCCUGGACAUCAACUUCGGGAGUCUUGGCCGGCCCUGCCGGGGGGGGCGAGGAAGAGGAGCUCGAGGUGGCAUGACCAAUCGCCCAGAGAGACCGAAACCGAUACUGGAGAAGGAGGACGAUCUGGCUCCUAACCCAGACGACCCAGAAGACUUCCCUGCUCUUCCAACAGGAAGAUAACUGAACACACUCGUCUUCAUUCAACUCCUGUGGGGAGAAUUCAUUGCACUUCUCACUUGCUUGACAACAGUUUUCAAGUCCCUGCUGUUAAGUUUUGGGGUUCUAUUGCACUAUUGAAGAGUUUGACUCCUUGAGAAUAAAUAAUAUGGCAAGUUUA